GGUAACAUGAGCGUAGGAGAUUUGAGCAUCAGACAAGCCGAUUUGCUAAUGCAGUUUCGGGACAGAAUCCGAGACGUCCUUCCUGAACUUCCCGCUGGACACGACCGCUACCUGCUCCGCUGGCUCCGAGCCCGCAACUUCAACAUUCCCAAAGCUGAAGCGAUGAUUAGGAAGCACGUGGACUUCAGGAAGGACAUGAAAGUGGACAGUCUGAUCGAGGACUGGAUGCCUCCGGAGGUGAUCGCGCGCUACCUCUCGGGGGGCAUGUGCGGCCACGACAAGGAGGGCAGUCCCAUCUGGUACGACCUGGUGGGCCCGCUGGACCCCAAAGGCCUUCUGAUGUCGGCUAGCAAGCAGGACUUGAUGAGGACUAAGAUCAGGAACAUCGAGAUGCUGCAGAGGGAAUGUCGAGAGCAGUCCCGCAAGUUGGGAAUCAACGUGGAGUCCAUCACGCUGAUCUACGACUGCGAGGGCCUGGGCUUCAAGCACAUGUGGAAGCCUGCCAUCGAGACUUACGGCGAGAUCCUCACCAUGUUCGAGGACAACUACCCAGAAGCGCUCAAGAGGGUUUUUCUCAUAAAAGCUCCCAAACUCUUUCCCGUCGCCUACAACUUGAUCAAGCACUUCCUGUGCGAAGAGACGCGAAGCAAGCUGAUCGUCCUAGGGGGUAACUGGCAAGAAGUCCUUCGUCAACACGUGGACGCUUCGCAGCUUCCGGGGGUAUACGGUGGAACGCGGACCGACCCGGACGGUGACCCUCGCUGCAGAACCAUGAUCAACUACGGUGGCACGGUGCCCCGGUCUUUCUACGUCCAGAAUUCCAUCAAGGUCCAGUACGACGCGGUGGCGACCGUCGGCCGUGGCAGCGUCAUGCGGCUGGAGUAUCGUGUGGUCGCCCCCCGCAGCCUAUUGAGGUGGCAGUUCGCCAGCGAAGGGUCCGACAUCGGCUUCGGCGUGUACAGGCGUGUGGAGGGGGAGACGGACGACGUGUCACCAGUGCUUCCCAGUCAGCGCUACAACGCCCACCUGGUGCCAGAAGACAACGCCAUCACCUGUCCGGAACCUGGAGUGUACGUCUUGUGUUUCGACAACAGCUACAGCAUCCUGCGGUCCAAGCGGGUCAGCUACACGGUGGAAGUGCUUCCCCGCGCCGCGCGGUCUUCGGGGCGCAACGGGGAAGAACGCAGC